AUGGGUGGGGGGCAGCCCCGUGGCCUCCAAGGGCAUUCCAAGAAGAAGAAGAGGCGUGGCCAGGGCCGGGCUGUGCAAAACUCGGCCAACCGCAUCCCCGGCUCAACUCCGCUCCCGUGUCCGGUGUCCGGCCCCCCCGGUCCGCCCUGCUUCAACUGUGGUAUUGAGGGCCACACUCAAGUCAACUGCGCCAACCCCGCCUGCUGCUACAUCUGCAAGGACCUCGGACACCCUGCCCUCUUAUGCCCGGAUCGGCCGAUCCCGGACAAGCUAAGGAUGUAUGGACAUGGGAUCGAGGGGUUGGGGUUCUUCCACAUUGAGGUCCCCGACAUCUCGCCACCCACCCCAUCCCUCCAGGCGGUGGUCAUAGUGAUAGACGGUGUGGCCUCCGCCGAGAUGAUCGAGGCGGAGCUCAACCACCUGUACCGCCGUCAGUUGGAUUGGGCGGUCACUCCCAUCUCUGGCACCGAGUUCUCUGUGGUCUUCCCCGACUCCGUCAGCCACGGAUACGCCACCCGCAGCGACCAGAUCACACUUGCCCUCAACAAACUCGUCGUCGACAUUUCCGAGCCGAUUCUCGACCCGAAGGCGGUGGCCGUUCUCGACACGGCCUGGAUCCUUAUUGCCAGUCUCCCCGACAUCGCGCGCUCUGAGCGUGUCAUCCGUCAAAUGUCACGGAUUCUGGGCAAGGUGGUCGUCGUCGAUGAGCUUUCCCUCCGCAAGGAGGAGGAGGUGCGAGUCAAGGUCAAGUGCCUCGACUCCGACAAGCUGCGGGCCCCCAUUCGGGUCUUCUUCAACGACCAAGGAUUCGACCUCCGCAUUGCUCCCGAGCCGCCCAACCAUGUGGGGCGCCCUCGCUUCACUGACGACGUUCCUCCCGGUGGUCGCUCGGACCCUCACGAUGACUAUCACGGUCGCCACCAUUCCCGCUCCCACCGCUCUGACGACGAGGAUGGUUCGGAGUAUAGCCCCUCCCACUCCCCUCCGCCGGCGCCCCCGCCCUCUACCUCGACCCAGGGUGGGCGGCCGGACGGCCGGUCCCUUUGCGACUCUGCCUGA